AUGUCUGCUGAGAAAGGAGGCCCGCCAUUCUGCACUCAAGAUGAUAUGCAGAGUACCCAGAUCGCGCAAAUCUUCACGACCCCUACCGAGCAGCUUUUUUCGCCCUCAGACGGACUGUUUGAGAUUGAAGUUGCGGAGGUCACUUCUCAAGGAACCGAGGAUGCCUGCUUGACAAGCGAAAUUCAGCUUGAACAGCAUAUCUCAAGGCACCAUAGCCUUCCACCAACCCUAGAGUCAGAACAGGGCCAAAAUGGAACAGACAAAGCCGUUCAAGUAUCUUUCUUGUAA